AUGGUUCUAUGCUACUUUUCCAACCACUUCCUUACUAAAUUCAACCUUUUCGACGAACAAAUCAAAAGUUAUGAAAAACCAGAACCAUUCGCGAAAAUAAGGGAAAACUGCAUAAGUGUGAAAGACAUUAAAAAUGGUUUUUACACUUAUGCACCGAAUGGUGAUUUGAUCGGGGGAAUUGAAUUGAAUAGUGGCAUAUUUAUAUUGGUAUAUGGUAUCAAUUCUCAAAGGGAAAACUUGUUCAAGUUCAUGCUAUUGCCUCAAUUGAAGUACUCCACUGCUGCCAAAGUACUAGUCACUUCUGCAAUCGCAUACCAAGCCGUUCCUUUGAUCUCAAGACAAUUUAACAAGUUUCAAUUGUUCCCAUUUAUAACAAGAAAUAUGUCAACUCAAUCUCAAUUCAUCCCACCACAAGCUCCACCUUCAUGGAAUCAUUCAUCUGAAGAAAUCUUGAAAUUAACUGAAGAUUAUAUCAAGAGAAAUACUGAAUUGAAUGAUAAAAUUGCUAAAUUAGUUGAUAAUCCAACUGUGGAAAAUGCAUUCCAACCAAUUGCCACUUUUGAUAAUGAAAAUGAUGGAUUAAUUAAUGUUUUAACUUUUUAUCAACAUGUUAGUGCUAAUAAAGAAUUAAGAGAUGCUUCUACUCAAUCUGAACAAAAAUUUAGAGAUUUUGGUAUUGAACAAAGUUUAAGAGAAGAUUUAUAUAAAGUUUUCCAUAAAUUAUAUCAAGAAACUGCAAACUAUGAUUCAUUAACUGAAGAAACCAAGAAAUAUUUAAAAGAUAUUGAUAAUGAUUAUAGACGUAAUGGGUUAGCAUUAUCUGAAGAAAAAAGAAAUCAAAUUAAAGAAAUUCAAAAAAAAUUAUCCAAUUUAAGUUUAGAAUUUGGUAAAAAUCUUGGUGAACAACAAGAAUUUAUCUUGUUUACCAAAGAAGAACUAGAUGGUGUUCCACAAGAUGUCAUUGAUCAAUUUGAAAAAACUGAAGAUGAUAAAUUAAAAAUGACUUUUAAAUAUCCAGAUAUUUUCCCAGUUUUAAAAUAUGCUAAAAAUGAAGAAACUCGUAAAAAGGCAUUUAUUGGUGAUCAAAAUAAAGUUCCACAAAAUGAACCAUUAUUAAUUGAAACUGUUAAAUUAAGAUCUGAAUUAUCACAAUUAUUAGGUUAUGAAAAUUUUGCAGAAUAUGUUUUAGAGAAAAAAAUGGCUAAAAAUUCUAAAACUGUAUUAUCAUUUUUGGAUGAUUUGAAAAAGAAAUUAACUCCAUUAGCUUUAAAAGAACGUGAACAUUUAUUAGCUUUAAAAAAUGAACAUUUAAAAGAACAAGGUUUACCAGAAUCUAAAUCUUAUAAUGUUUGGGAUCAUAGAUUCUAUGAUACUUUAUUAUUAGAACGUGAAUAUAAAGUUGAUCAACAAAAAAUUUCAGAAUAUUUCCCAAUAAAAGAAACAAUUGAUAAAAUGUUGGGAAUUUUUUCAAAAUUAAUGAAUUUAAAAUUUAUUGAAUCUUCAAUUGAGGAAAAAUCUGUUUGGCAUGAAGAUGUUAAACAAUUUGCUGUUUGGAAUUUAGAUGAUUCUUCUAAUCCAAAAUUUGUUGGUUGGUUAUAUUUUGAUUUACAUCCAAGAGAUGGUAAAUAUGGUCAUGCUGCAAAUUUUGGUAUUUAUCCAGGUUAUAAUAAAACCGAUGGUUCAAGAGCAUAUCCAGUUACUGCAUUAGUUUGUAAUUUUUCUAAACCAACAAAGGAUAAACCAUCAUUAUUAAAACAUGAUGAAGUUACUACUUUUUUCCAUGAAUUAGGUCAUGGUAUUCAUGAUUUAGUUGGUAAUACUGAAUAUGGUAAAUAUCAUGGUCCUUCAGGUUGUUCAUGGGAUUUUGUUGAAGCUCCAUCUCAAAUGUUGGAAUAUUGGACUUGGUCCAAGGAUGAAUUACGUGAUUUAUCAUCACAUUAUAAAACUGGUGACAAGAUUGAUGAUGAAUUAAUUGAUUCUUUAAUUCGUUCAAAACAUGUUAAUGGUGGUUUAUUUAAUUUAAGACAAUUACAUUUUGGUUUAUUUGAUAUGACAUUACAUUCUAAAAAUGAAUCAAUUGAUAUUGCUAAAUUUUGGAAUGAAUCAAGAGAAUCAAUUGCAUUAGUUAGUAGUGGUGGUGAAAUUACUAAAGGUUUUAAUUCUUUCAAUCAUAUUAUGGGUGGUUAUCAAGCUGGUUAUUAUGGUUAUUUAUGGUCUCAAGUCUUUGCAGCAGAUAUUUAUUAUACUAAAUUUAAAUCUAAUCCAUUAGAUAAUAAAGUUGGUGUUCAAUAUAGAGAUAUUAUUUUAGCAAGAGGUGGUUCAAAAGAAGAAAAUUAUAAUUUGAGAGAAUUAUUAGGUAGAGAACCAAAUAAUGAAGCAUUUUCAAAAGAAUUAGGUUUAAGUGCUUAA